CCCCAUCUCUCUGGCAGGUCCGUGUGAUACUAAACAUCAAGCCAUGCGUCGACACGCUUCAGAUGGAGGAACAAGGCUGGAUCGCAAGCUCGACGGAAGCCAGCAGGCAAGACGUCGACUAUACCGAUCAGGGGAACAACCGUCCGGACCCCACCCUGUCGGAUGCCUCGAUCAUGAACUCGAUCACUUUGGCUCUCGCCAGUUCCGGAGAUCUGGCUGCGCACUCAAGGCAGCUGGAUACGGUUCUCACCGAGAACGAAACACUGAGGACCAACCCGAGGAUCGACGCUAUUCGCACGGACGAGAUACCCGUAACCUCAUCGUCUUCAGGCGAUGCUAUCGGAUCAGAAAUCCCUGAACAGCCUACCAAACGAGGUCGAGGUAGACCGAAAGGGUCGUUGGAUCGGAAUCCUCGAGCACGCCGGGAACCCAAGGCAGCGGGAGGAGGAUCAGACAACGGCAGUGCGAACGAGAAUGUUCCGGUCAAGGCUACUGGUGCUCGAGGUCUAGCAACUGCGGAGCCUCAGGAGGAGCCCAUCGUGAAACGGAAACCCGGUCGACCUCGCAAAGACCGUACCGGCGAGCCCCCGACGCCUCGUACAACCAAAGUCAACCGUACCGGACCGAACGAAGCAAGCUCGAAAGCUACUGCCGAGAGUUCUGAGAACACUGCUAUUGCGGCCACUCUGCCACCUGUUGUUCCCCCAGAGAGGAAAGAGGCCAACCGGCAGGCCGCGCUGCGUAGUCGUCUCAGAAAAGCGGAAAGGGCGUCCAUCUUGGAGAAGAUGGCCGCAGGGUUGAUGAAGGAGAAUGUCGCUCUGAAAGAGAAGAUCCACGCGUUGAGUUCGCUGGGCUUGGAAGACCGAUCGAAGCCGGAUGAAGGUGAUGACACGCUCGUCGAUUGGCAUCAGACGGGUUAUUCUGUGGAGGCGCCCAUUGAUGGUAGUCGCAGUGCCUCGCAGACAGUCGAUGAACCGCGAGGGGGUUCGCCAUCUCUCCCUGAAGCCAUACCAGGUGACAAUGCACUUCCUGCCACUUUGGCAAGGCCGGAUGGGCCAGCUUCCGGCUUUAAACCUUUUCCGCACGACCCCAUCAGCCCCCUGCAGGCAGAUGUUGAGCGCCAUCUCCAGGCUCAGAUCGACCAUCUUCGCUCGUUCCUCAAUGCGGAAACUGACACGAGCGCAGGCUCCGGCUUGGUCCUCCCAAGCGGGUCGUCCAUGGCCAAGCAAGACGUACUCUUGCUCAAGGAUAUCGCCAAGAGACUUCGACGAGAGAAUGCGAACGCCACGCGGACAAUCAGAGAGCAGAGAGACGAGCUCUUGAUGCUGAAUCAUAGUGGCGAUACGAAACCUGCCGAGGGCAACGAUGAGGCAGACAUGAUGCAAAGGCUUCCUGGUGAACGUCCACAAAAGCAACACGCAGAAGUAGAGUCUGCUCUAAUGAACCUGAAACGACAUAUAGGACAGCUCAUGACGCAUUACGAAUUACCGCCCAUCGACCUCGAUGAGAGCCGAAUGUUCACGCUUCCUGAAAAGUUCAUGCCCAUCCCGCUUCCACAGCCGAUGAAACGAGGUCGGCCAGGCAAACCGUCAGAUGCGGAACCUCCUGCGAAAAAGCCGAGGCGCAAGACCGCCGCGGCUACCAAGGAAAAGGAAACCAAAGGCUCGCAGGCGAAACGACCCGAACAUGUCAAGCGGUACAGGGUGGAGGGUGAUCCUGGCAACAUCUACAUCGAAAAGAGACAGGCUAUACGCGGUUCAACAGAAGAAGAAGUUGUGGAAACCUCGAGUCGGAACGCGCAUAAUCCUCGGGUAUAGGCGCGUUUAGCUUUGCACAUACUCUUAUGAUAUUGUGCUAUAAAUCAGGUUGUAUGAAUAUGCGGCAUUGACUACAGUACCAGCCCCGAAGCCGUGGAAGUUGCUUUGCCCUCGCUUACAAUCUCGUGAUUUGGAGGGCGGUAUGCAGGCAUGUUGGCCGUAAA